AUGACAGAGUUGCGUGGGGCAUUAGCUGGGAUACAGAAAAUGGUGGAAAUGCUCGCGGCGGAUCGUGUUAGGCAUGAUUCGGUGCCUCCGGAGAUUGAAGGAAAUUCAGCUGGGCAUGAAGGUCAAAUGCAAAACCCUAUGCCUCAGAGUUCAGGAGAUGGGGGAGGCCAGUUGCUUAAAAACUUUAUGGCGCUUCGACCUCCAGAAUUUAGUGGUGGAACUAAUGCCAUGGCAGCAGAGAAUUGGAUGAAAUCCGUUGAGAAGCAUUUGUGGGCUACAGGAUGUAAUGAUGCCCGAAAGGUUAGAUUGGCAACCUUCUUGUUGACAGGGGAGGCUGAGAGGUGGUGGGAGACCGUGAGGCGGAGAUUUAGAAAUAGGGAGCCUACUUGUUUAGAAUUUCAAGAAACUUUUAAUGCUAACUAUUUCCUUAGUUGUAUGAGGGAACAAAAAGUCUAUGACUUUAUUGAAUUGACUCAGGGCUCCAAGACCAUAGCUCAAUAUGAGGCCGAGUUCAUUUCCUUGGCCAGAUUUGCUCCGGAGCUAGUAUCCUCAGAGGCAAACAAGGCAACAAAGUUCCAACGGGGCUUACGACCUGAGAUUCGAUAUGCCUUGGCAGGUGCUCGGAUUGUAGACUAUCCCACCGUUGUGUAA